AUGGAGGAGACGGGCUUUAAGGAUGAAGUGGACAGAGCCAGGUCAAGGGAUGGCAGCAGGGACAGUACGGACAGCCAGACCACAGAGAAGGAUCUGGCUGGCAUAGCGGUGGAGGCAGCCUUUGUAACAGGCAGUGAGAGUGCUCCAGCACAAAAGACUCCACUCAUCUGCUGCGCAGACGGCCUUGAUCAGGACACCUUUAAAAUUUGCAAGGAGUUUUUGAGACCCUUUAAGAAGUCACUUAGGAAACUGCAUUUGCCCCAGCACCUCCCCACAAAGAAAAAACUGAAGUACACGAAGGAAAGUUUGACCAUAAUCGGGGACCGCAUCGAUCUGUUUCUCCAGCGGUACUGCAGAGCCUCAGAAGUCAAGCACUGGCAGAAGAAUUUCUGGCAGUUCGUCUCCCUCUUCUCAGAGAUGGAUGCAAAGCAGCUGCAGAAGCUGUAUAAGUACAUCAAGAAUAAUCAAAUGGAUAAGCUUCUGCAAAUAAUGGCUAUGAGCCCAUACACAAGCCAGUGUUCUUGGCAGAUGCAGCAGCUGCCAUCCAUUGAUUCAGACCGAGAUGGCUGUAGCCCUGUUCGACUGCUGCUGCAGGAAGAGGCUCACCUGAGAGCUAACGCUUCAGGACAGAAAUAG